AUAAAAAUAGGAAAAGUACAAAAGAUAGAAAAAGAAUAUAUUCGCGUUUGUGAGAUUAUCCAUGCUCUAUAUAUCGUUUCCUUCGUUUAGUUCACCAUUUCAUCUCUUCAUCAACACAUUCUUUUCGAAACACCCUCUAUCUCCUCCGGCGGGCGGCAACAUGAAAUUACGUUCAUUUCUUUCCACCUGCUCCGCCACCAUCUGCACAGCUACAGACGACGACACGACCACCAUAACACAUCGACAAAAGUAUGGAGCACCGCCAGGUAAACUCCUAUUCUCCGACACAAGCAGUAGCAUCUCCGAUACUACCACCACAGCCACCAGUCCAUCACUCGACACCAGUUACAGUUACAGCAGCAGCCUCCACAGCAACCUCUCUCUUCAAACUCUACCCUCCGUCCCUUCCCUCCAGAAACUCUCCCCUGAUACUCUCAACCUCGCCGUCUCCCAUGGCUACCUAACCUCCCUCAAACCCUCCCCACCCGGACGAGUCAACUACCUUGCCGUCCAUAACCACCUCCUCUACGCCGCCUCCGGCAACCUCAUUCACGUAUUCGAUACGACAUCAUUCGCGCUACUGGAUGUCUUCAGCGUCAACGACUCUUCGUCUGGUUCAGUUAAAUCUGUUGCGUUUCACAACGGAAAAGUUUUUACUGCUCAUCAGGAUAGUAAGAUCCGAUUAUGGAAAUUAACAGAAAACAAACGUCACAAACACGCCACGACGCUGCCGACGAUGGAAGAUCGGUUGCUGAGAUCGAUUUUAAAUAAAAAUUACGUGAAUGUCCGUCGUCAUAGACGGCGGUUAUGGAUCGAACACCACGACGCCGUCACUGGACUAGCGAUGAUAGAUAAUCAGCUAAUGUGUUCGGUUUCAUGGGAUAAAUACUUGAAAAUCUGGAAAACUUCAAACUUCCGAUGUGUGGAGAGUAUCAAAGCACACGACGACGCAAUCAACGCCGUCGUGGUCGCAGCCGACGGCACUAUUUACACCGGAUCCGCCGAUCGCCGGAUUAAAGUAUGGGGAAAACUGUUUGGCGAGAAGAAACAUGGACUCAUUGCCACGUUGGAGAAGCACAAGUCAGCUGUCAACGCACUUGCGCUAAACGACGUCGGAUCAGUGCUGUUUUCUGGCGCCUGUGACCGUUCAAUCUUGGUGUGGGAAAAGGAGGACAGUGCAAACCAUAUGGCGGUGACCGGAGCGUUGCGGGGCCAUAGUAAAGCAAUACUUUGUCUCAUCAACGUCUCAAAUUUAUUAUUCAGUGGGUCCGCUGAUCGUACGGUGAGGAUUUGGCAACGUGGGUCCCACGGCAAGUUCUGUUGUUUGACUGUAUUGGAUGGGCAUACAGAGCCCGUCCGAUCGUUGGUGGCAGAUACAAAUUCAUCAGAAGAAUCUGUAUCAGAAUCUGUAUCUACAUCAACAGUAAAAGUGUUUAGCGGAAGUUUUGCGGGUGAAAUUAAGGUAUGGAAGGUUGAGGUCUCGAAUAUUGCAAGUCCGAUGUCAAGUCAUCUAUCUAAACUCAAACUAAGAUCAUAAAAUCGUGUUCGUUUUGGUUAUGAGAUACUAUCAUUGUGUGUAAUUCAAAUACAAAAAAGUUUGAGAAUUGUUUUGGGUUAAUUUAGUUAUUUACAUGUAGAACCAAGAACUGAAAACUGGAUGAGAUGUACAUAAUUGGUGAUUAUUUUUUAUGUUACCAAUUAAUGAUUUGUUUAAUUUGUAUUUAAGGUUUUGUUUUGGGUGAAA